CACUAUGUCCUGGGACUGGUACCGAGAUCGCGGUUUCGUAGGAAGCGGUUCGCGCCGUUUUCCCUAUGACAUGCUCCUGUCAGGUGCCGUUGUACGGCGGUAUUAGAUUGGGGUGCGACACUUAAGGAUUAUAAAAUCACAGAAAAAGGUAAUGGAAAUUUCUGGCCGAUCGGCGUUCGUUUCUGACUUUCUGCCGGCCGAGUUAUAUGAAAAUGGUAAUCGACCAAAACGAAAAUAGAAAUAAUAAAUAAUAUUGAAAAUGGAAAUGGUUCCAUAUUUAGCGUGAUUUUGUGAAAAUUAAAAUUGUUGUACUUCUAAAUAUGUCUAUAUAUUUAUAUAUUUAUAGAGUAUGUCUCUACUUGACCUACAAUUUAGAUUGAUUGAUCAUUCAAUCAAAUACAUAACUUGAAUGCAUGUCUAAAAUGGAGUUAAUUUAUAAUUUAUAUAGUAUAAAUUUGAAUUAUUUAUAUAUAUUACAUAGUUAUGCAAAGUUAAAUAUACGUUUUUAUGGUUUAAUGUUUCUGUAUUUGCUACCGUUUUCCAAUAUGUACCGUCAUGUUUCAUUCCGUAUUUUUCCAAUUUUUCAAUAUUUUCGAUAUUGUUUUCGUUUCCAAUUUUACUGUUUUUGAUUUUAUUUUCGAGAAAAAUAUGAUUAUGGAAAUGGUUUAGACUGUUUUCCAAUGUUUUAAUCCCUAUCAUGCAAACAUCCUCGGCUAACCAUCAACCAUGGCAAAGAAACUAACACCAAUUUUUAAUGCGAAAAAUUAGGGAAUGGAAAUAACAGUGUUGCUAAAAUUAACAACCAUUAAAAACACAGAGACGCACUUGGCUUCAGGCCUUCCAUUUUUAUCAAUCCAGAGAAAAACAGAGUCUGGCAGGCUCAUUCCCAUCCACAGAGAAAAAAAAAUAGAACAUCAUUUUUAUUUUUCCAGCGCCUUGCAUGCCGUGUUCUUCUCGCCGCGGGAGGAGAUCGUCACCCCGCGGCGUCGUCGUCGGCGUCGGCGGCGGCGCGCGGGGGUCGGCACGAGGGUGCUCGCCCACUCUCGCGUCGAUCCGGCGAUGGGGCUGCUGAGCUCGGCGAGCAGGUCGUGCUGCUGCUGCUCCUGGGUGCGCGGCGGCUGCGCCAGCUGCUGCUCGUGGAUCCGCGGCUUCUGCGGCGGCGGCGGGGGGGCGACGACGUCGGCGCAGGACACGGCGGCGUCGGACGCGAAGAAGAGGAAGAAGCGGAAGUGGGUGGUGCGCGGCGUCUUCGGCAAGGCCGCGCGGGAGGCGGAGGAGCCGCUGACGCUGGAGACGAUGAAGAAGAGGAAGAGCGCCGCGACGAGCCCGGAGCUGGAGAAGAACAAGUGGGGGACCAAGAAGAAUUGGAAGAAGAAGAAGGGCAAGACCCAACCGACCGGCUUGGCCAGCCUCGUCAAGGAGAUCUCCCUCGAGAAUAGUACCAGGAACAGGGCAGCGGCAGGAGAGAUACUACGGAUCGGCAACCACAACAUUCCAAGCAGAGUAUUCACGUUCCGUCAGCUGGCCGAUGCAACCGGCUCUUUCAGCCCGGAAAACCUGCUUGGUGAAGGUGGAUUCGGGAGAGUCUACAAAGGAUUCAUCCCAGACACCAAGGAAGUCAUAGCGGUUAAGCAGCUGGACAAGGAUGGAUUGCAGGGGAACCGCGAGUUCCUCGUCGAGGUGCUGAUGCUUAGCCUUCUCCAUCACCCCAACCUCGUCACCUUGCUCGGUUACAGCACCGAGUGCGACCAGAGAAUCCUGGUCUACGAGUACAUGCCACUCGGUUCAUUGCAAGAUCAUCUCCUAGAUCUGACACCGAACUCGUCGCCGCUGUCAUGGCACACGCGGAUGAAGAUCGCGGUGGGCGCGGCGAGAGGGAUGGAGUACCUGCACGAGAUAGCCAACCCGCCGGUGAUCUACCGGGAUCUCAAGGCGUCCAACAUCCUCCUCGACGGCGGGUUCAACGCGAAGCUGUCGGAUUUCGGGCUGGCGAAGCUGGGCCCCGUCGGCGACAAGAGCCACGUCACCACCAGGGUGAUGGGCACGUACGGCUACUGCGCCCCCGAGUACGCCAUGACCGGCAAGCUCACCAAGAUGUCCGACAUCUACAGCUUCGGCGUCGUCCUCCUCGAGAUCAUCACCGGCCGCCGAGCCAUCGACACCACCAAGCCCACUCGCGAGCAGAUUCUUGUUCACUGGGCAGCGCCACUGUUCAGGGACAAGAAGAAGUUCGUGAAGAUGGCUGAUCCACUGCUGGACAUGAAGUUCCCACUGAAAGGGCUGUACCAGGCACUGGCAAUCUCAUCGAUGUGCUUGCAAGAAGAGGCGAGCAGCCGGCCUCUGAUCAGCGACGUGGUGACGGCGCUCACGUUUCUAGCUGACCCAAACUAUGAUCCUCCUGAUGACGUUGAGCCUCUGCCGAUCAAAGCCCCGAAUUUAGACAGAGAGAGUAGCCAGAAAGAAGCUGAAGGAGGUGACAACGACAGCGACGAGGGUGGUGAAGAGCAGGUUUAGGGGGAACAACAAGAAGUAGCUGAAAAUGGCUUCUGGGGAGGGAGUUGGAACAUAGAGAUGAUUAAUCAACCAUGAUUAGAUGUGGUUAGAGCUGCAAAAUUAAUAUCACUCACCCUCUCCUUUCUCCUUUCAAAAUAUCACUCACCCUGUUUUUGAUGUAUAGCACCUAUAGGAAAGAAUUAACAACAGGUUUUUGUUCUUUAAUGUGGUUGACUUGUGUGUUUUGAUUAGGCAUGUCCAUUAAAAUUUUCAGGUUUAAUAUUUGUCAGUCAUUUUUUUUC